CAGGCAACCUACGCACGCCGCCUCCUUCCUUUCAGCAUGCGAGCGACUCUUCCGGCUACACCGAACCUUCGUCCACCCGCCCCCAAAGGCCCAAGCCGAGCCGCAUCCUCCCUCUUCUCCUCUCCACAGCGCCGCCUCUCCUCUGCCCUCGCGCCGCCGGUCGCCGUUGCCGCCGCCAUGCCUGACUCCAGCGAACCGGAGCCCCGAAAGCCGAGCCCUCGCGCCAGCAGCAUCGCCUUGGCUGCGGGAAUCGAUUCAGAUGACUCUUGCUCCAUCGGCCGACCGUGGCUCUCCAAUUUUCGGAUCUACUUCGACUCCGGCCCCACCUUCGCCGGUCGAUCUCGUCGCCGUCGGUGAGUAUGUAUAAAAUUCCUUUGACCUGUAGACUUACGUAGACCUACUCCACGUAUUGGAUAUGGCCUCCAAUCGAAUUGUUCAUGUUGGCCGCGCACUCGUCAAACCAUGUGGUCGUGCCAUUCGCAACCUAGAACCUGUUCCUGUAAAAUCCUUUUGCGUCACAGUGUGCAUCUCUUCUCUGUGAGUUCAGAACAUGGGACGGUCCUCCAAUGCAUCCACUGUAGCUCUGAAACCGUCCAUGAAAUCGUGUCAAUGACCGACAUCGCCAUGGUGUCCGAAAUCCAGUUCACCAUCUGAGCCCGACCCCGGCAUAGAAAAGUUUACCUUUGACCUUAGGACAACCUUAGGAAUUACAUGUCCCCACGUCGUCAAUCAUUAAUGUGUGCCAUUGGCCUUACCGCCUUCAUUUGGCGUUAAAUAGAAGCUGACGCCUCUCCUCCUUCCCCACAUUACCACCGCCAUCGCCACCUCAUAUCGUCCAUCCCAACAUUCUCACAGCCAUAAUGUCGCACGCACUCUGAUGCUUACACAGACAACUCCUGUGGAAGCGAGAGCCGCCGUUGCCGCUGCACUCUGACUCGGUCACCCGCCACCGCUGGCCAAGACGAUCCCAUCUGUGCGCUUGAGAAGAGCGGCGGACUAGAGAUCCUCCGGACGGGCGGACCCGGGCCUUCUCGUGUGGACGCUUUCCAGGAGACUAGCUAAAUGGUCGUAGCCAGGAGAAGCGUCUUCGAGAGGAAGGAGUGCCGCGCUUGUCAAAGAGAGACAGAACUGGAGAGCUCCAUGCUGAUUGCUAGAAGUAGCAAGUGCUACACGCGACACCACCGACACUGCCAACCAUCGCCUCGGGCACAGUCGACGCUGACCACGUGCCGGCCAGGAUGAGGAGGCAUGCUCGGUCCGGUACGCCUGCCGCGGGGAGCCGGAGCCAAAGAGCUCCCAGAACGCCACCCGCCACCUCCACCUCCCCGCUCCAGCAGCAUCCACUCUCUGGCUUCGCCAUGGGGGCCCAAGCCACAGAGCUCACGAAUCGCCGCCCGCCGGCUUCGCCUCUGUGCUCCGACAAGGCCAACCCUCCACCUCUACAAGCGCCCAAGCCAACCAUAUGGCACCGACAAGGACGAGGAGGAGCGCCUGGUCGUCUACGCCCUUCGGCUGUCGCGGGAGACCGCCAUCGGAGGUUCGCUGACAGUAAGCUUGCACGGGGGCGUUGCACGCCGAAAGGAGCACAUGAGGAGGGCAGCGGCGUGGCACGCAAACCUACAAGUCCAGACUCUCAUCGGCAUCUCCUUUGACUCCGACUCCAAGUGAGUCGGCGAGCUCGCCGGCGAAGCUGUGUCCUAGUUUAAUUUAGUUUUCUUUAGGUUUAAAUGUUAGAUCGAAUAUUUAUAAAUUUUGAUGCAAUUAAUGUACGAACUAUGUAUGCAAAUCAAUAUGAAUUUUCAUUGCUGCAAUGUUUCAGUGCAAUUUUAAAUUACAAAUUAGCAUUCUCGCAGCUCACAUAGGGUAAAAACAAAACGUGUGGUGACUAAUUUUUUUAGUCUUACGUCUCUCAGCAUUGACGCUUACUUGCAAAAGAGUCAGUGCACAAGCAGUUGUGACGCUUCUUGGGUGCGAAAGUGUCAGAGGAGGGAACUGCAGGCGCUACGAUCGGCCUCGGAGAAAAUCAUCUCUGACGUUUCUUUGGUCAGGAGCGUCAGAGGAUUUUCGUUGUCUCCGACGAGCCGGGACGUGUCAGAACUAUGAGAGUCAUCUCUGACACAUGAUUACUGUCACGUCCCAAAAGCGUCAACUGUAAGGGUUUUGGACAUGUCAGAGAUCAUCGACAACUGCCAGUACUUGAUGGAGGAAAUAACCAUGCUCCCGGACACUAAGACCUUGUCACUUUGGUUGUCACCAGAUGGGCAUGUCUUUGGACCAUAUGUGUUCUAUUUGCUCUGCUUGUCCACGGGGAUUAGAAACUUUAAGAUGGAAUUAAGUCGAAGCAGUGAGGAACAAAAAACUUGCUCGUCAGGUUGCAUUUGCAAUCAGCAAGAAGACAUGGAAACUGAUGAUCUAUUGCUGAACUCUCUGAUGGAAGUGGAAAUCAAUGGAUUGUCGGGAGCAGAACAUGAAUUCACAUUUGUGGAACGACUAUUAAGAGGGGCAGCCAUGCUUAAAACAAUUACUCUUUCUUUUCACCAUGCCAUCACUGUUACUGGGGAGGUGUGUCAGAAACUACUUGGCCUCUCUCAACCCAAGACUUGCAUGAAGAUUAACUACUAUGUCAAUGGGGACGAGGUGAUGUAUUCACCAGCAGGCUAGGGAACUUGUUGGUGAUGAAUGGGUAUGAUAAUGGGUGUACCGAAGGUUUUAUCUAUCUGUAGUUGAGUGUGUUGCUUCAGUUAAAUAUGAAUGUUAAUCCAGAAUCGUUUUUUAUUCUAUAUGUUUAUCAAGAGAUCAGUCUUUUCAUAAUAUAUGUUGAGGGCAUAAUUUGGCUUUAAUCAAA